CUUUGCCUGUUUUGCGGAUCUCCGCGAGAAGUCUCUAGUCUAUAGUCCUUCCUGCCGGCUCCCAACCUUACCUUGAUUCUAACCUCAAAUAAUCGCAAAUGUACACAAGGUGCACGUCAUUAUAUAGGAAAAUGUGUGGAGCGAAUAUAAACUUGUAAGAUUAAACCAUACAUAUCGUAUCUAAUAAUACAUAUUGAGUCUUGUAGAACAGUGAAAAAGGCAAAAAUUGAGGAAUUUUUAUCUGUUCUGUGUUGAAUAGCAAUAGUAUUAGCUGGCUACUGAUAAACUUGCUAAAGAAUAAUACAAAUUGAAAUGUUGAGGAAUUUUGUACAGUUGUCACUUAGAUCGACUUACAGCACGAGAUUUUUGAGAGUAGACAAUUCAACGUCAACAACGAGAUGUAGAUAUUCCAGGUAUACCAGUCGGAGACAUGUUGCAAUAAUCAAUGAAAAUGAGCUUUUUGAUGAUGAAAUAGAUACAACCAAACCACUUAAAAGACGUGUUUCUAAAUCACAUAAGGAAAAACUAAAGGAGAAAGAAAAGAAAAAAAUAGAAAAAAAGGAAUCUACAGAAGAUGACACUACAGAAAAACCAAUAUAUAAAGCUCUCAAAGAAAAUGAUAAGCUUAUAAGCUCUUUAAUGUUAAAUAUCAAGACUAAGAAGAACAGAGAAAAGAAUAGCCAAAUCCUAUUGGAAGGUUUCCGAUUAAUCCAAGAUGCAAUUGAAGGAGGUGCAAUACCAAAAGUUAUAUUCUUCACUAGAUUGCCUGAUGUACUACAAUUGUCACUUCCUAAAGAUGUACAAUUAUAUAAAAUUCCAUAUCGAACAAUUCAGUUGUGGUCUACCUUGACAACUUCUCCUGGAAUACUCGGAAUUUUUGAUAAGCCAGAUGUAUGGAAUAAAAAACCUGCUGAUGAUGCUAUACCUCUGACUAUUAUUUGUGAUAACAUCAGAGAACCUGGAAAUUUGGGAAGUAUUAUAAGAAUUGCCGCGGCAGUUGGUUGCGAAAAAUUACUUUUAAUGAAAGGAUGUGUAGAUUUAUGGGAGCCAAAAGUCUUACGUGGUGCUGUAGGUGCACAUUUCCGUGUACCAAUACAUAUGUCUCUUUCAUGGGAUGACAUUCCCACGUUAAUAAGCAACGAAUCAGAGAUUUAUUUAGCGGAUAACAGUAUGACACACGACAAUGUGACAAAGGAUAAUACUGCUAACUUAAACUCAGAUAUUUCCGCAGUGGAUAUUUCCGAAAUAAAUUGGACUGAUAUGGAAGAGAAUAAUUCAGAUGUAGACAUCGAUCAGAGCAACAAAACUGAAAAGAUAUUGUCGACAGUUAAGUCAUACAAACCGACCGUAAAAACCAAAGCACUUGUGAAAAAAAUAAUAUCUCAAUUUCCCAUUGUACCGUAUCAUACGACAAAUUUUACAAAAAAAGAGGUUGUACUUGUUACUGGUGGAGAAACUGAGGGUAUAAGUUUGCAGUCGUGCGAUUUACUUCGCGAGAGGAACUGCACUCGCGUGAAUAUAUCGUUGACUAAUGGCAUUGAAAGUUUAAACGCCGGUUCAGCUAUUAGUAUUAUAGCAUUUGAAAUCAAAAGACAAUUUAUAACUCGUACAAUCGAUGAUAAAUAAACUUGUUUUUAAAAAUGUU